AUGAAUAUUGUCAAGCAAAAACGCGGUCGUGCAAAGGGUACAAUCACUACGGUUUCAACAUUUUCGGAAUCAGUCGUCGAUUCCACCCCUAUUGACAUGCUAGAAAUUCAAUUAAAGAAACUUCAGGAAGCUUGGUCUGAAUUCGUUUUGCAGCAAAAUAAUUUAUACGAGUUCUACGACCAGGAAGGUUUCGUCGACCCUGAACCCGAAUACGGGGAAUAUGAAACGAAAUAUUUCGAAGCGUUUUCUAAACUUUCUGGGUCUAUAAGAAAACAUCCAGAUAAGGAUCGUGAUGAAGCAUCAACAAUAAAUGCUUCGGUUUUGCAAAAAUCAAACUCUCGUCAGUCGGUCGUGUUGCCAAAACUUGUAAUUCCAGUUUUUACUGGAGACUAUAAGGAUUGGCCGGUUUUUAAAGAUUUGUUCACGGGAACAAUUGAUUGCAAUGUCUCCCUAACCGGUACGCAAAAAUUUCAAUAUCUGAAAUCAUUUCUGGGUGGUGAAGCGUUUACUCUUUUGAAGCACAUUUCGUGUACCGAAGAAAAUUAUCUCGAAGCUUGGGAUAAGCUUGAAGCGCGUUACGACAAAAAACAUUUAAUCGUACAAUCAUUCAUUCAAAGUUUCAUGGCCUUGCCGUCGUCUAAUAAUUUGAAUUUAGAAACUCUUCGCAAGCUUACAAAUGGAGCUGAUGAAAUAGUUCGUGGUUUGAACGCGUUACAAAUGAACUCUAGAGAUCCUUGGUUGAUCUAUAUUCUUGUUCAAAAAUUAGACAGUGAAACAAAACAAGCGUGGGCAAAAAAGGUAGAAUCUCGGGAUGACUGUACCAUCCAAGAAUUUCUUCUGUUUCUACAAAAUCAGUGCGUUUGUCUCGAAUCGUGUAGCUCAUUUUCUGGUCCUAUUAAAACAUUGAACAAAGUUUCUAACAAUAUUCGAACACAUUUCGUUGAAGCAAAACCUACUUGCCCAAAGUGUAAGGAAGAUCAUAUACUUCCAUUUUGUAAGACAUUUCUCGCUCUUGAUACUACCGCACGUCGCGAAUUCGUUAAACAAAACUCGAUUUGUUUCAACUGUCUUAGAGUUGGACACGCAUCUAACAAAUGCAAUUCUAAAUUUCGGUGCAGGUCGUGCAAUGCUAGACAUCACACCCUAGUACAUGAACCUAGAACUACAUCGACUAAUAAAACAACUGAACAGCCAUCGACACAAAACCCUUCGAACUCCGCUGUUACUCAUCAUUCUCUCGAAUCUACUCGUAAUACUCAUUCAUCUCUCGAAUCCAACGCUAUUAAAUCUACAAUUCUCCCUACUGCCGUCGUUAAGGUUCAGGAUAAAUUUGGCUCGUUUCAAAACAUUCGAAUUCUACUCGAUUCAGGAUCCCAAAUCUCGUUUAUUACGGAGAAAGCUCUCCAACGUUUGGGUCUUCCUAGAAAACCAUCUCGUAUCCCUAUUGUUGGAGUCGCAUCAACUUCUGCGGGCACAACCAAUGGUCUCAUUUCGUUAAAACUACACUCUCGUUUCAAUUCAAAUCACAUAGACAUAGAUUGCCAUGUAAUAAAAAAACUUACGUCUAUGCUUCCGCCACUUUCGUUGAAUUUAAACACAACACAAUUUCUUUCGUUGGAUCUUGCAGAUCCGAAAUUUUAUGAACCAGGAACGAUUGAUAUGCUCAUCGGAGCAGAUAAUAUUUUCAACAUUAUUCUCGAAACACCAAGGGCAGAACCGGGUGCUCCUAACUCUUUGUUGACAAUUUUUGGAUGGGUAAUUGCUGGAAGCUAUAAUCGCACACCAUCCAGUGAAGCUUUCGUUAUAAAAUCAUUUUGCACACAGCUUGAUUAUGCCAAGUACUUUGAUUUGGAACGCUUUUGGCGUCUAGAAGAGAUUUUUUAUGAACAACCUUUGUCUAUUGAAGAACAAAGAGCUGAGGAUGAUUUUAUUCAAACUCAUAGUCGCCAUACAGAUGGUAGAUACAUGGUUAAUUUACCAUUCAAACCUAAUUGCAAACCCACAUCUGAAAGCUCAUCUCGAAUCGCACUCAACCGACUAUAUUCAAUGGAAAAGAGAUUCGUUCGUGAUCCUGAACUUCAAAAACAAUACUCUUCCUUCUUAAACGAAUACAUUUCAUUGGGUCACAUGGAAGAAAUACCUGUUAAAGAGAUAAACGAUUCAGAUUCUUACUAUCUACCUCACCACGCCGUGUUCAAGGCUGAUAGCAGUACAACAAAAGUGAGAGUUGUUUUUGAUGGCUCCGCAAAGUCAUCACCUGAUUCGAGGUCCUUAAAUGAAUCCCUUUUCGUUGGCCCUGAAGUCCAAUGCGACAUAUUUACAAUAUGUCUUCGUUCUCGUCGUCACGUAUAUACAAUGUCUGGGGACAUUGAAAAGAUGUACAGACAAAUCUGGAUUUCACCAAAACAUACAAAUUAUCAAAGGAUUCUAUGGCGAGAAAAUCCUGAAUCUCCGAUUAAACACUAUAGGCUUUUAACUGUAACCUACGGGACCUCGGCUGCUUCAUUCUUAGAGAAACGCGCGCUUAAACAACUAGCUUUGGAUUCUGCUGAAACACACCCUCGAGCUUCUUCAGUUAUUCUUAAUGACUUUUAUGUCGAUGAUUUGGAUCGAAGAUUUAAUCGCUCUUCAAAAAGAGCUUGUUGA